GAUGGAUCGGUGCUUCCUUCGGCCGAGGACGAUGACUUGCAAGUGGAGUGUUUCGCCGAGAGGGAAAAUCUUCACGAGAUUGCUACUUUAGCCGUGGUGAAACACGGUGACGACGUUAGUUCCAGGAAUGUGAAAGAAAAGGCUGGCGUUCACUCCACACGGGGCCAAGAAGUUCUUAGCAACGAUGAAACGGUUCAUCCCUCUACCGUGUCCGGCGAAGUUUACUUUUCUGUUGCCGCGAGGAACGUCGAAGGGAAGAGAAAGAGGAAACCAAACCGGCGAUACAUCGAAGAUGAGACGGACAACCUCUACUUCACGUCAGAGCUUCACAGGCUGGUGUCCGAUGGAACUGAUUCGUGUGAUGGAGCAAAGUCUCACCGGGAUAUAACUGAGAAGCUUGACAGUGGCAGCGAUAUCGAGUACCCGGAGUUUGAGUCUCCAACUCAAGCGGCAGUGUCUUACGGCGGUCGCCGCAGCAGCAUGAUGAUUAAAACUCUCUGAUCGCACAGAAACUAAAGGCUGAGCGCAAGGCCUCUAAAAUUGCGCGACUCGCCUGGUCGUCCCGCAAGCGCGGUCCCAGCAUCGGGUCCAGCAAAGAGAAGACAAUGUCUUCUUCAGACAAGGUUCUUUCAGCCUUUGAGAUUUUGCCUUGUGAAGAACAUUGUGUUUCCGUUCAGGAAAGUUACUCCGAUCUGGAAGGUGGUAUGGAUCAAAUGCUUGAAGACUACGAAGAUGUGCAAAGCAUGGGUGGAGAAGAUUGUGAGUUGGAUUUUUCUGGGGAGCAUGUGGAGACUGUUCCAACACCGAAUGGAGGUACUAGGAGAAAACAUCAUCGUCCCUGGACGCUACGUGAAGUUAUGAUACUCGUCGAAGGGGUCGCUCGCUGUGGUGGAGGGAAGUGGGCGGACAUCAAGAAGCUCGAGUUUUCAUCUGUAUCAUACCGCACGGCUGUUGACUUGAAGGAUAAAUGGAGGAACCUACUCAGAGCAAGUCGUGUCCACUUUACUUCAAAGCAGCAGCAGGCGGAGCACAACAAAAAGAAACAUUUUGCAGUUUCUAUACCUCAACCAAUUCUUGCUCGUGUACGUGAGUUAGCAGCUUUGCAGAACCAGCGUACCAGCAUGCCUGUACUAACCAGGACAAGCAGAAGUGGGAGAACACUGAGGAGAAAGUAAUGAACAGCAUCUAAUCCCACUC